AUGAAGACAAGAUUCAAUACUUACGAUAUAAUAUGUAUGGUAUCAGAGCUGCAAAGGUUAGUUGGCAUGCGUGUCAACCAAGUAUAUGACAUAGACAACAAGACCUAUGUUAUACGGCUCCAGCGCACAGAGGAAAAAGUUGUAUUACUUUUAGAAUCUGGUAAUAGAUUCCAUACUACUCAAUUUGAGUGGCCUAAGAAUGUUGCCCCAUCUGGAUUUACUAUGAAGCUACGAAAGCAUCUGAAGAACAAACGCCUAGAGAGCAUUAGCCAACUGGGGAUAGACCGUAUCGUCGCGAUGCAGUUCGGGAGUGGUGAGGCGGCAUACCACGUUAUUUUGGAGCUUUAUGACCGAGGGAACAUAGUUCUUUUGGACUACGAAUGGACUAUUCUGAAUGUACUACGUCCCCACGUUGAGGGUGACAAAGUCAGGUUCGCCGUAAAAGAGAAAUAUCCCCAAGAACGGGCAAAGACCGUGUACGCCGCGCCGAGCGGAGAUGCCCUGCGGGAGAUUCUGUCCAAAGGCAAACCUGGUGAUAACCUGAAGAAAAUACUCAACCCUCAUCUUGAGUACGGUUCAGCGGUAAUAGACCACGUGCUCUUGGAGAACGGCCUCUCUGGGAACAUGAAGGUGAACAAAACGCCAGGGUUCCAGGUGGACAGGGACCUGGAAACGCUGGUGACGGCGCUCAAACAGGCCGAGCAACUGCUGGACGCCGCAAAGAAUCAAGUAGCCAGGGGCUACAUAAUCCAGAAGAAGGAAGAGCGGCCGUCAGCCGAGGGCCAGGAGGCGAAUUUCCUGCUGACCAACCAGGAGUUCCACCCGAUGCUGUUCGCCCAGUACAGGGGCCAGCCGCACACAGAGCUGGAGACCUUCGACAGGGCCGUGGACGAGUUUUUCUCCGCCUUAGAGGGGCAGAAGAUUGAUAUGAAGACCAUCCAGAUAGAAAGGGAGGCGAUGAAGAAACUCCAAAACGUGCGCAAAGACCACGACAAGAGGGUGACCGAGCUGACCAGGGUUCAGGAGGAGGACAAGAUAGCUGCCGAGCUGAUAUCCAGGAAUGAGCCCCUAGUGGAGCAGGCUCGUAUUGCAAUACAGGCCGCCAUCGCUAACCAGAUGUCCUGGGAUGACAUCAAGCUCCUGGUGAAGACGGCGCAGGACAACGGGGACCCCGUCGCGUCCGCCAUCAGGCACCUCAAGCUGAACACCAACCACAUCAGCCUGCUGCUGGCGGACCCAUAUGCUGAGGGCGACAGCGAGGAGGAGUUGGAUGGUCGUCUCAAGCCGAUGCUGGUGGACAUAGACCUUUCGCUGACGGCCUUUGCGAAUGCGAGGAGAUAUUACGACCAGAAACGCAAUGCCGCCAAGAAACAGCAGAAAACCUUGGAAUCGGUAGGCAAGGCCUUGAAGAGCGCGGAGAAGAAGACCAAGCAGACCCUGAAGGAGGUGCAGACCAUUAGCAACAUCAGCAAAGCUCGGAAGACCUACUGGUUCGAGAAGUUCUACUGGUUCAUCUCAUCGGAUAACUUUUUGGUGAUCGCGGGCCGCGACCAGCAGCAGAACGAGGUGCUGGUGAAGCGGCACCUGCGCGCCGGCGACCUGUACGUGCACGCGGACCUGCACGGCGGCGCCUCGGUGCUGGUGAAGGCGGCCGGCAGGGGCGACGCGCCGCCCAGGACGCUCGCCGAGGCGGGGCAGGCGGCCGUCGCCUACAGCGUGGCGUGGGAGGCGCGCGUGGCCACCCGCGCCUGGUGGGUGCACGCGCACCAGGUCUCCAAGUCGGCGCCCACGGGGGAGUACCUCACCACCGGCUCCUUCAUGAUACGCGGCAAGAAGAACUACCUGCUGCCCGACCUGAUGCAGUUCGGCUUCGGCUUCCUCUUCCGGCUUGAGGACAGCUGCAUCGAGCGGCAUCUGAACGAGAGGCGGUGCAUCCUGGUGGGAGAGGAGGAAAAGGAGGAACCGGCUUCCACUCAGCUUGAGGACGUAGAGAUCCCAGUCUCCGAUGAUGACGAGGCGUCCGACAAGGAAGAGAAGGGAACGCAGAGAGAGGGAGACUUGAGCACGAUUAAGGAGGAAGUGACAUUGGACCAAAAAGAAGAGAAGGAAGCAGAAGCGGAGGUUGGAGAUGAGAAGCAAGAGCUGAAGGAGAACCAGCUCGACUAUUGCGACGAGGAAGAUGCACUGACAUUCGUCAAGGUGGACCCGAUCAGCGGCGAAGUGAUCGUGAUGCGUCACAUGCACACGGUCCCCAAGUCGGAAGAUCAAGAUGAAGAGCCAGUGCCAAGCUUCCCCGCGCUGCCGAAGAAGAGCAAGCCGAAGAAGAAACCGGCCGCGCCGGCGCCGAAGGCCAAAGAGGAGAAGCAGGAGGACAAACAGACUCUGAAGAGGGGCCAGAAGGGGAAGCUGAAGAAGAUCAAAGAGAAGUACAGGGACCAGGACGAGGAGGAUAGGGCCGUGAUGAUGACGAUAUUGCAGUCGUCGAACGCGGCGAAGGAGUCGAAGAAGGCGCAGAAGAGGGCGAUGGCGAAGACCACCAAGGGCAAAGCCUCGCCGAAGAUCCCGCAGCCGGCUCCGGUGCUGCUGGAAGCGGACUCUGAUGAUGAACUGGAGCCCGAGCCGGAGCAGCCGGAGCAGCCCGGCGCCGACACGGAGGUGGAGUUGCUGAACCAGCUCAGCGGCUGCCCUCUGCCGGAGGACGAGCUGCUGUUCGCCGUGCCGGUGGUGGCGCCCUACUCCGCGCUCCUCAACUACAAGUACAAGGUGAAGCUGAGCCCGGGCACGGGCAGGCGGGGCAAGGCGGCCAGGACGGCGCUGCAGGUGUUCCUGCGCGAGCGGACGGCCACGCCCCGCGAGAGGGACCUCCUCAAGGCCGUCAAGGAGGAGAACGUGGCCAGGAACUUCCCCGGGCGCGUCAAGCUCUCCGCGCCGCAGCUGCACAGGCACAACUCGUCCGCAGUCGGAGCUAAGCAUCAACAAGCACAGGGGAAGCCCUUCUCCUACCUCCUCUCCCCCCCGUCACCUCCCUCAAUCGCUUUCAACUCGUCGGCAGUCGGAGCUAAGCAUCAACAAGCACAAGUGAACCCCUUCUCCUACCUCCCUCCUCUCCCUCCCCCCCCACCCCUCACCUCCCUCAACCGCCUUCAGCUCGUCCGCAGUCGGAGC